AUGGACUGUUUAGCCUUUCUGUCACAUUUUUUAAUAUUUAUUACCAUCAUUCUAACAACCUACUUUGGUGAUACGGAAAAAAUCGACCAGGAAUAUGAUAAUUAUCAGGAAUUUGUUGUUAUCGAAGGACAGCAUGGCCUCUUUCCGACAAUUUUCAAUUUGGCAACAAAUGCGCUAAUUUAUGCUGAUGCUACCUGUGGCCAACACCGUCGCGAAAUUUACUGCAAAUUAGUGGAGCAUGUUUUUAAUAGACAACCGCAAUGUGAUGUUUGUGAUGCAAAAGAUGUGAGAAAGCGCCAUCCAAUUGAAUUUGCAAUUGAUGGUACUCGACGCUGGUGGCAAAGUCCAUCGCUGGCUAAUGGUCUUAAUUACGAACGGGUCAAUAUCACCAUUGAUCUCAGACAGGAAUAUCAAGUGGCAUAUGUAAUUGUAAAAAGCGCAAUUGCACCUCGACCUGGAACUUGGGUACUGGAGAAAUCACUUGAUGGUAUUAACUAUCAACCAUGGCAGUAUUACGCAAUCAGUGAUGCGGAAUGUAUGCGACAAUUCGAUGUACCAGCAACCACUGGUGUACCACGAUUUACGCGAGAUGAUGAGGUAAUAUGUACAUCGUACUACUCAAAACUUGAUCCGCUCGAAAAUGGCGAAAUUUAUACGUCGCUUGUAAAUGGACGACCGUCUGCUGAAGCUGCAUCUGAAACCCUACAGCAGUUUACUCGAGCUCGUUAUGUACGGCUUCGUUUUAUGAGUAUACGAACAUUGAAUGCUGAUUUAAUGAUCAUUAAUCGUCGUGAUAAGAGUAACAGAUUGGAUCUCUCGGUUACAAGACGUUACUUCUAUGCUAUCAAGGAUAUUAGUAUCGGUGGUCAGUGUAUUUGUCAUGGACAUGCAGAAAGUUGUCCACCUGAUCCAGUUACCGGACAAUCACGUUGCGAAUGUCGUCAUAAUACGUGCGGUGAGUCAUGCAAAGAGUGUUGUCCACUAUUCAAUCAACUUCCGUGGCGUCAAGGAACACAAUCACAUCCUAAUGUUUGCCAACCUUGUCAAUGUUUUAACCAUGCAACACGUUGUGAAUAUGAUGAAGAAGUGGAACGACUGGGUCUAAGUGUUACACCAGAAGGUAUCUUUGAAGGUGGCGGUAAAUGUAUCGCUUGUAAACAUAACACUGAUGGGAUAAAUUGUGAACGUUGCAUAUGGACAUACUUUCGACCAGCGGGUGUUACUCACUAUCGAGAAGAUGCAUGCCAACCUUGCGAUUGUGAUCCGAUUGGAUCGGAGCAUAAUAAUUGCGUUCGAGAUGAGACCAGCGCAGAUGGCAGUCAAAAGCCGGGUGAUUGUAUUUGCAAACCGGGAUUUGGUGGGCGUCGAUGCGAUAUUUGCGCACCGGGAUAUCGGAAUCAUCCAAAGUGUGAACCGUGUCCUUGUAAUCGAGCUGGUUCUCUGAAUUUUAACACCUGUGAGGAGGAAAGUUGUAUGUGCAAAGCAAAUGUGGAAGGCAUUUAUUGUGAUCGAUGUAAGAAAGGUACGAUUAAUCUGGAUAUCAAAAAUCCAGAAGGUUGUCAACCUUGCUUCUGUUUCGGUCUUAGCAAAAAAUGCAAUGAGAAGCUUUGGAAUCAAGAAAAGAUACGAAGCACUACAGAUUGGGUGUUAACGGAUCUAUCAGGUGAAAAAGGGAUUGCGCUGAAAUCUGAAAGUGAAGUAUUGAUGUAUACCAAUAGUGAGUACCGAAAUAAUGAUUUGUUCUACUGGAAAGCACCGAAGGAAUUCAAUGGGAAUCUGUUAAAUAGUUAUGGUGGAAAUUUACAAUAUUACGUAUACUUCGUACCGGUGGGUAACGGAGAAGAAAUAUCAAUUCCUGAUGUUAUCAUAGAAGGUAAUGGCAUCAAAAUGGAAUAUUAUAGUCGGCAGAAUUUUUUCCCAAGAGAAAAUAUUAGUGUUCAGAUACCAAUGAAAGAAGGUAGCGGAUGGCACAAUUCAUAUAUGCAAACACUUAUUGAUAAGCAUGAAAUGAUGCGUGUUCUAGCUGAUGUUAAUACAAUGAUGAUAAGAGCAAUGUAUUAUAGAGAACAAAUACAAUCAAGUAUCUAUGGAUUAGCAUUGGAUACAGCAAUUGAACCUAAAAAUGCGAUCGAAAAUACGAAAGAGAUGUUGAAAUCAUCUCAAACAUCGAAUGCAUUAAUGCGUGGCGUUGAAGUAUGUCAGUGUCCCGAAAAUUACGCUGGCAAUAGUUGUGAACGCUGUACAUCGGGAUAUCGCAGGGUAAAUAAUCAGCUGUUCAAUGGUCAUUGCGAGAAAUGUCGCUGUGAAGGACAUUCAUUUGAAUGUGAUCCAUUCACAGGUGAUUGUAUCAACUGUCAACAUAAUACAACCGGUCGUCAAUGUCAUCAAUGUUUACCUGGACACUAUGGAAAUCCAUCUCUUGGUGGCGAACUUGGUCAGUGUCAUCCAUGUGCUUGUCCAACAAUCGAGAACAGUCAUUCGGCACAAUGUAGUCUAACUCAGCUCGUUGUUGGUGGUGCUGCAGCGUACGGUGAAGACGCAUACGUUUGCACAGCUUGUGAACAUGGUUAUGAUGGCAAUAAAUGUGAAAUUUGUGCGGAUGGUUUCUUUGGGAAUCCACUAGCAAAGAAUGGUACCUGCGAGCUAUGUGAUUGUAACGGUAACAUUGAUCCAAUGGCUAUUGGAAAUUGUGAUCGAGAAACGGGAAAAUGUUUGAAAUGCAUUUAUAAUACAGUUGGUGAUCAUUGUGAAGAAUGUAAAGAGAAUCAUUGGGGUAAUCCGAAGGAUAAAUCUUGCCGACCUUGCGGAUGUCAUCCUAAAGGUUCUCAUUCAGCCACAUGCAACAAAUCGACCGGAAUUUGUGAUUGUCAUGAUAAUUACGUUGGUAUGCAGUGCAAUAGAUGUAAGAAUGGACAUGGUGAUAUUGAAAAUAUGUGCCCUGCUUGUAAUUGUAGUGUUAUUGGUUCUUCUGGUAGCGAAUGUGAUGAAGUAUCCGGCCAAUGCGCCUGCAAGACAGGAGUGUUUGGAAAACAAUGUGAUAUGUGUAGAACAAGUUAUUUCAAUUUUUCCGCGAAUGGUUGUCAAUUUUGUCACUGUAAUUCUUUUGGUGCGGUAGAUGAUGGCCGAUGUGAUAAUGUUACCGGAAAAUGUGAAUGCCGCGAAAAUGUUGACGGUAAAAUGUGUGAAAAGUGUAUGGAUGGUUAUUUUAAUAUAACUAGUGGACAUGGAUGUCAGGUAUGCGCAUGUGAUCAAUUAGGCUCCGAAGGCAUUCAAUGUGAUACAGAUACAGGUCAAUGUGCUUGCAAACCUGGAGUCACUGGCUUGAAGUGCGACAAAUGCGCUCCCAAUCAUUUUGGUUUAGAUUCAAAUGGAUGUAAAGAAUGUCAAGUAUGUCCAGCACCUGGUCAUAUUUGUGACUCAAUAACUGGAGAGUGCAUUUGUCCACCCAAUACAAUCGGUGAAAUGUGUGAGAACUGUUCCAAUAAUGCUUGGAAUUACGAUCCUUUAAAUGGUUGUACACUUUGUGAUUGUUCCGGUAUCGGAGCUGAUGGACCGAAUUGUAAUCCUGAAAAUGGACAGUGCAAUUGUAAAAUAGGUUUUGUUGGCUUAAAAUGUGAUCGAUGCAUUCAUGGACAUUUCAAUUUCCCAAAGUGCGAAUUAUGUAAUUGUAAUGUAUCGGGAACUGAUCCAACAACUUGUGAAAAUGGUGCGUGCUCUUGUGAUGAGAUGGGACAGUGCAACUGUAAGAAGAAUGUGAUGGGCCUGAAAUGUGAUAGCUGCAAUGCAUAUAGCUUUAGUUUGGAGAAGAGUAAUAUAUUUGGUUGCACUGAUUGCUUCUGCUUUAAUCGUACUAAUUUCUGUGUACAAAGUAGUUUCGUAUGGCAACAAAUUUAUGCACCCAAUCGACAGGUAAUAUUCUCAGAACCAUGGAAAUAUUACAUACGCAAGCAUAAUUUGAAUGUGCUUAGAGAUAAACCACCGAUAUACAACAGUUAUCCAACCGAUAUUACACCUUUAUAUUGGCCUUUGCCAUCUAGUUUUCUGGGUGACAGAACAACAUCCUACAAUGGGUUCAUUCGUUUCACAAUCAAAAAUGAUGAUAACUAUCGUGGUAUCCCUAAUGUGGCACCUGAUUCACAGCACUUUCGCUUUUUCCCGCAAAUUAUUCUGGUCGGCAACCAUCGUAUCAUUCUGGAACACACACCAAACGAAAUGAACGUAUCAGGACGCUAUAAAAUUCAUUUACAUGAAAAUCAAUGGCGUUCACGUUUAAGUCCUGAUGUGCGCGUAACACGCAAACAACUAAUGAUCGCUUUGCAAAAUCUACAGGGCAUUUAUAUCAGAGCUACCUACAACUAUCCAUCUACUGGUGAUACGGCAUCAAUCAGUGAAAUAAGCAUUGAUGUAGCAGUAUGGGAAAACAUUACCGAUACUUCGUCAAAUUCAGUAGCAGUUGGUGUGGAACAAUGUGAAUGCCCUCAAGGUUAUGCUGGUAAUUCAUGCCAAGAUCCAGCCGAAGGUUAUUGUCGAAAAAGACAAUCUGAUUUCUUGAACAGUCCAGAUGACUUAGCAUUGAUCGGUGAAUCACAACUAUGCGCAUGCAGUGGACAUUCAGCAACAUGUGAAGCAGAAACUUGUAGAUGCACUAAUUGUGAGCACAAUACAUACGGUGAUCACUGUGAAGUUUGCAAGCCAAGUUAUCAGGGGAAUGCAUUGGUUGGUGGCGCUAAUGCAUGCACAAAAUGUGCAUGUCCAUUGCCGGAUAAUAGCUUCAGUGAUACCUGUUUAGCAGUAGGUCAUGGCCGAGGAUAUAUGUGUGAUGCAUGCAAACCUGGAUAUACAGGUCUGUACUGUGAAAGUUGCCUAACUGGGUAUUAUGGUAAUCCGAAUAUAGUGGGUGGCAUGUGCAAAGAAUGCGCCUGCCACCAACAUGGUUCUGUUCAUGAAAUUUGCAAUCAGGAAUCAGGUCAAUGUGAAUGUCGACCAGGUUUAUCAGGUCGCGAUUGCUCCUUAUGCAAAGAUCGGCAUGCAUUUAUUAAUGGUACUUGUACCUCAUGCGAUCAGGGCUGUACUGGUGAUUUAAUGAAAGAAAUGGAUGAGUUAGAAGAAAUUAUGAAACAACAAAACUUCACAACUUUAAGACCAGUUCCAUGGAAGCGUGUUGCUCGGAUAAGCAAUGCAACAAAAAACUUGCAUUUAAUUUUGGAUUCGCCACAUUUGGAGAGUUCUAUUGAUGGAGAUACACGUAAAACUGGCAUCGGCAUGGAUGGCAACUUCUUAGAUGAAGUUAACGGACUAGUAGAGCAGACAAAAUUUUUGUUGGAACGAGCUAAUAAAUCGAAAAAUACCUUGCAAGAGAGCACGGCAAAAACUCAAGAAUUAUCUGAGAGAGCUCAAGAUCAAGACAAAAUUCUUCAUGAGGUCAUCGGUCAGCUGCAACAUUAUAUAAAUUAUGGAUUUGGCAAACAGGAUAGCUCAAAGAUUGAUAUUUGGAUCCAGGAAGCAAACAAUUAUGUAAAUGAUAUGAAGGAACGUGGAAUCUACAUCGAGAAACGUUACAAUCGUGGAAAUACCGAUUUUGAGAAAUCUCAAAACUUAAUGAAGCUGAUAACAUCACGUAUGCUAAAUCAUACUUCAUUCGUUGAAUUGCGUAAACAACUGGAUACCUUCGAACAGUGGCUACACGAUUAUCGUGAUACCAUUUGGGAUAGAGCACGUCAGGACACCGUAUCCGCUGAUAAAAUAGCAAUUAUCGUAGCAAAACGAGUGGAUCGAUUUAAUGCCGUAAAAGCAAAUAUUACUGCAAUAUUAUCUAAAUCAACCGAUGAAUUAAAUGAAUCAGAAAAGAAAGUAUCGAUCUCGAAAACAGAAAAAAUUUUAAAUAUGUUCGAUGAUUUUAAGGUUACUAACGAAACGCUGUUACCAGAAGUAGAUGAAGUGACAAGAAAAUGUCAUGAUGAAGCUGAUAAAUAUGGGCAACUUCUAGAUGAAUAUCGUGAAGAAUAUGUGGAGAAAAGUGAACAUCAUGCAGUAGAGCUGGAAAAUGAAGCACAAAAAUUGCAGAAUUCUUUUGCGGAUACAAAGACUGCCGCAGCAGAUCCUCUUCGAGCAUCUAAUGCUUAUGAGGAGAUUAUGAAAGCUUUACGGAAUGCCAGCAAAGCAGUAGAAGGAGCGAAAAAAGCUGCGAAAUUUGCGUAUACUGAUGCGGAUGCAAAAUCUGAGACUUCAAUGGUUAAUAUGGCGUUACAAGCCAAAAAUCGCAGUAUGGAUAUUAAAGGACAAGCUGAUGAACUUAGCUUGAGUGAUUUAGAGAACGAACGUUUAACAGCCACUAAGAUGACAAACGAACUGAAGGAAACAUUGCAGGAUUCAAUGAAACGAAAAUUAGCAAUCAGUCAGUUUGGACUAAUAUUCAUAGGAAGUGAACAGUAUCAAUCAUUCGAUGAUCAGCACGAUCGAAUGACUGGAUUAAUCAGUGUAGCUGAUGAUGCGGAAAAACGAGCCAAAAAUAUACACGAGAAAAUAGAGGAGAUAGCUCUUGAAAUUGAUACAAUAAGCAAUGCUGUUUCAAAGCUACAAGGUUUUGCUGGUGAGGGUAUCCGGAAUAUCACCAAUGAUGUACGCAAGGCUAAUCAGGGAGCACAAGAAGCAAUGAAAAAAGUUUCUGAAGUAAAGAAGCAAACAGAUAGUGAUUCAAAACGGAUUAGUGUUCUCGGAGAGCAGAUUAAAUUAUUGCAGGAAAAAAUUAAAGAAGCACGUGAGAAAGCAUCACGUAUCCGAAUUUCGAUGAAAUCCGAUGAAAAUGGUAAUUGCCGCCGUGCUUUCAUCUCACCCGCACAUUUGGCACCAACCAACCUGUUUACCAUCAAAUAUCGUCCGCUACAGAAUGUUCCGGAUUCAUUGCUAUUCUUGACAAAAACAAAAACUAAGCGCACUCAGCAAUCGGAGUACAUCGCAAUGGAAUUAAGGGAUCGACGUAUUGUUGUACAAUGGAAUAUUGGUUCCGGUACGCGCAUGGCUACCAAUACUCAUACUAUCAAUUAUAUUGCGCCAAGUGACCGAACUGCCUGGUACCAUAUAGUAUUGGAAAGAUUUGGUAAUUCGGUAACGUUGACCGUAGCACUUCAUCAUACAAUCAGUGGUGAAGGUGAGCGAAUAGUUGGUGAACCGAUUACCGUAUCGGUUGGUCAACCGGACGAAGAUGAUAACAUCAUUUUCAAUACGGUACAUGGUGAAACGCUAAUUGAAUUUGGUAUUGACGCAAAGCUAUCACAGGAUUUAGGAUUAGCAACUAACAAAUUCCUCGGUACCAUUGGUGAAUUUACUGUCGAUGGCGAGACUUUGCCACUUUGGGCAUUUGCAGAAAGUAGUAAGAUUUGCGAAGGAGAUUUUGCUGCACCAGAAAGCCAAACUACCGGUUAUUUUUUCCGCGACGGUUUUGCACAAAUUCAUCUUCCUUCAACAGAACGACCAAGUGGAGCACAAAUUACAGUGAUCUUAUCAGCUUAUUCACCCGAUGGUUUGCUAUAUUUCCGUGGCAAUCAAGAAAACGGAGAUUUCAUCUGUUUGGAACUUCAUGGUGGACACGUUCUUUUUAAGAUUAAUCUUGGCGAUGAUUCAUACGCAGUCGUUAAAUCGAAGAAAUCAUCUUACGCCGAUGGACGCUCACAUACUAUUCGAGUUAUUAGAAACUAUGAGAAAAUACAUUUGCAGGUCGACGACGAAAGCGAUCGCAAUUCUGCAACGAUACCUGGUGAAAAUGCAAAGUUGAAUAUUAAUGGUGAUGAUCACUUUGUGGGUGGCAUCCCGCCAGGCUUUAAUACUACUGCUUUCCGUCAAUUCGAUAUCCAAUGGAAUGGAUUUUUCGGCUGCAUUCAAUCAGUCCGACCUUCUCAAGUUGCAGAAUUGGAUCUUGAUAAUCCAAUACGCUCACAACGUAAGCUACGUGGAUGUAGUUUUAAAAAUGGUGAAAGAUUGAAACCGACUGAUAGAGUGGUUGGCUUCAAUCGUCCAGGUUAUCUGGUUAUUCAAGGAAUUCAAAUCAGCAAUAAUUCCACGUUUGCGUUUGCAUUCCGCACGAAAACUGCCAACGCUACAUUAUUGUUCCAAUCGAGCGAGUUGGAAACAUUUAGAAAACGUCGAAGAAUUAGAGAUUCUUCUGGCAUUGGAUAUCUGGCAUUUUACUUAUAUCGCGGCUAUUUGGUUGUACAUCUCGGCACCGAUUCAUCACAGAAAAGUAAAGUGCUUACAUUAAGAUCUGAAGUAACUUACAAUGAUGGACAGCUUCAUUCAAUCUUUUUCACUCGUUUCGAAACAUUAGUUCGUCUUCGGGUCGAUGAUCGAGAAAUAGCUUCCGGUACUCUUGGCGAACAGAAUACUAUUGGAACUGCUUCAUCACAAUUAUUUAUUGGUGGAUUUCCUGAUGGUAUAAAACCAUCAGCUAAUGAAAUGCCAAUUGCUGAAUCGAUGAUUGGUUGCGUAUCGAAUAUUUUCGUUGAUUAUCAACUUCUCCCAAUCAUACCGGAAGCGCAUAUUGCUUUAAUUGGUUCCUGUCCGGUGGAGCAGAUUUUCUCAUUACAGAAAUCAGAACGGCGAGCAGAUAUGGAAGCAUUGCAAGCAGACGAACAAAAUGCUUUCAAUCGAAAAGCAUCGAAACUUUCUUUGCAUCUAACAGAACCAUCAUUGUUCACCAAAACGGAACGCCUAUAUGCGGAUGAAUCAGUCAAAACAAAUCCAAUGAAUAUCAGAGAAGUCAAUAAUGAGCCAGAAGAAUUAGAGCCAAAUGAUUUUCAAUUAUCUAUGAUAACGACAACUGAUAUAACCUUCAAUGACAUUCUUCCGACCGAAAUUCUUAUUGAAUCAAUGGAAAAAAAAGAUGAUGUUGAUGAUGAUAUUGAUAGUGGUGCUGAUGAUUUUACCAGUUUAACAGAUUUUGGUCCUAAAAAGUGCGGUCCAAAUGUGUUAGCUAAAAGUGAUGGCGAAGGUGCGGCACGAUUUGGUAUAGCAGAAGCAAGCCAUUCGAGAUUGAACUUCGAGGAAAAUCAUUUGGACGUUAAUCAAUUUAAAAUUGAAUUUGCAUUCCGCACAACAUUACCAAACGGGAUGUUUUGGAUUUGGGCAAAUUACAACAGUUAUACGCGUUAUUUCUUCCUCAAUAUGAUCAAUGGAUUGUUGCAACUUCAGGUUCGAGGACAUAAAGAACCAAAAAUUUUGGUAUACAAAUCGAAUAAAUUAAAUGAUGGAAAAUGGCAUAAUAUUAGUAUGCUAAAGGAAGGCCAAGAAAUUCUUCUUAAGGUAGAUCAUAAUCCAGCACAAUACUUGAAAGAUGUACCAAAUCCAAAAGUGAUGCGCAAACGGAUGUAUAUAGGUGGGGUCAUUUCAAGACAUCGCAAACAGUUCAAUUUAACAAUGCCCUCAUUUUCUGGAUGUAUCAGAAACUUUGAGGUAAACGACAUUCAACACGACCUAUUUAAAAAAAGUCGUCACGUUGUCCCAUGCAUCGUUCCUUCCGAUUCAGCAUACGUUCACGAAGGCGGAUAUAUGACAUUUGGAUCAUUAAAGUCUAUUCGUCGGCACGGGAACAUUCAUAUUAUGGUACAAUUUCGACCUGCUGUAAAAAAUGGACUUAUCUUUGGUCUGAUGACAAAUAAAGAUCCAGAAAAUGCACGAAUUGCUGUUUAUCUUAAAAAUAGCAUGAUGACUUUUGAACUUGUGUUCAACGAUGAACGUCGUGAUCUGAAGCAUAUUUUCAAAAAAGAUCUAUGUGAUGGCGCUUGGCAUAAUGUUACGCUUUCUAUAUCACAUUCAAAUUUGAUUGUUAUUACGGUUGAUGGGCAUCGGAAACGUUUAACAUCGAAGAUAAGCUCUGAAUCAGUAGACUUUUUCCGAAGUUUGCCGAUAUAUGUUGGCGGAGUAACCGCAACAUCAGCUUCCAAAAUUGGGAUACUUUCAUUAAUCGGUUGCUAUCAAGAUCUACAACUUUAUGGAAAAUCGAUAACUUUCAAAGAUGCCAAAAAAUUACAUAAAGCUCUACCCGAUGGUUGUCCAUUUUUAAAUUAA